AUCCCGCGGAAGGUGUCACCGAGGACGAGGGGAUAAGGGGACUCUGUUUUAGCCUCGCAUGAAAGUUUUGUCUGGUGUUUCUGUCAGUGGUAAGGAGGGAGAGGAGGAAGGGAAGUAGGAGAGAGGUAGAACUGGAGCGGUGAGGUUACGGAACUUGCUUAAAAGAAAUACAGGUAAAGCUAAAUGAUUGUGUUUGGCUGCAGUGGUGUUGAGAGAUAUUAGGCGGAGGAAGGGAAGGAAGAAAGAGGCAGAGCUGGUGGCGGUGAGGCAUGCGGUGAUUGCUUAGAGGAAAUACAGGCAAAGUUAAAUGAUCGUGUUUGGCUGUAGUGGUGUUGCUGCGAAGGUAGAGAGGGAGUAUAGGAAAGCAGGAUGGAUGACUGGGGUGGGUGAGGCAAGCGGCGUUUGCGUUAUAUUAAGACGGAAACAGGUACAAUUAAUAACGACGUAUCGAACUCUUCAUUCUCUGAGCCAUUGUGAAAAGGGUGCUGCGGACGCGUGCUUCUCAAGGUAAAGAUGAAUAAGACUGAAGAUGAAAGGAAAUGUCUUAUCGAUGUAUAUACUGGUUGUGAUGUUUUGUGCCUGAUACUAUACACUUGCAUGGUCGUUAUCAGCACUCAUGGUAAUCACGGGCAAAUUUAUUCCCGUGUGCGCGUGUUAAGGGCAGGUGCAGGCUUGGUGUUUGAAUAUGUAUGUAUAAUUUAAGUUACUGGAUUUACCCUGUUCAUACUCCCUUUUUAUUUAUUUAUUUAUUUAUUUACAUUUUUUAUUUUUUGUUUAUUUAUUUAUUUUAUUAAUUUUUAUUUAUUAUUAUUAUUAUUUUUUUUGUGUGUGUGUUUAUACGUACAUACCCAAGUAAACAUACAAGCGCCACGAAGCUUAUCCAUUAGUGCAACGUAUAAUCCUCUUCCUCUCCACCUUCCUCCUUCUCUUCAUUUCACUCUCUCUUCUUCCUCCGCAACAUUCCUUCACAAUUUCCUCUGCAUGCAUUUCUAUUUCCCCGUCUCCUUCCUAUUCCCCUCCCCACCCCGCCCUCCUCCUAGCAACUCUUCCUUUGUAUCUCCCACCCACAGCCUCCUCAUCGCAUCCUCUCUUAUCAUCUCUUAGGUUCACAUCCUCAAACAUACCGGGUUCUCCUGACGCAUCUAUUAGGUCCACAUUCUCAAACAUACCGGGUUCUAAUGACGCAUCUAUUAGGUCCACAUCCUCAAACAUACCGGGUUCUAAUGACGCAUCUAUUAGGUCCAUAUCCUCAAACAUACCGGGUUCUAAUGACGCAUCUAUUAGGUCCAUAUCCUCAAACAUACCGGGUUCUAAUGACGCAUCUAUUAGGUCCAUAUCCUCAAACAUACCGGGUUCUAAUGACGCAUCUAUUAGGUCCACAUCCUCAAACAUACCGGGUUCUAAUGACGCAUCUAUUAGGUCCAUAUCCUCAAACAUACCGGGUUCUAAUGACGCAUCUAUUAGGUCCAUAUCCUCAAACAUACCGGGUUCUAAUGACGCAUCUAUUAGGUCCACAUCCUCAAACAUACCGGGUUCUAAUGACGCAUCUAUUAGGUCCAUAUCCUCAAACAUACCGGGUUCUAAUGACACAUCUAUUAGGUCCAUAUCCUCAAACAUACCGGGUUCUAAUGACACAUCUAUUAGGUCCACAUCCUCAAACAUACCGGGUUCUAAUGACGCAUCUAUUAGGUCCAUAUCCUCAAACAUACCGGGUUCUAAUGACGCAUCUAUUAGGUCCACAUCCUCAAACAUACCGGGUCCCCAUUAUGACUAUUUUCAAAGGCCACAGAAAAGAUUAACCCUGUCCUCAUGGCUGGUUUCCCCGUUCACGAUGCAGAAGUCAGGUAAAACUAUCACUUGGAUCACAAAACAGUCAAUGGAAAUCUCAGGAACUUCGACGAGAGGCUUGUCAAACAGGGGAACGGAGGUGCCGAGGCGUUUAGGAAUAGGGGCUUUAAUCUCCGCCUCUCGCCCCGUUUACCUAACCUCCCUCUCCUUUUCCGUCACCCAUUCCGACCCAACUUCUAUCCCAAGACAUGUAUCCUCGCCAUAGACCGAUAAGUCUUCUGGUGUCUGUUCUUCCUAUGUAUCCUAUGUAUUCCUCCUCCUCCUCUUCCUCCUUUCAGCCCCUGCCUUCCUUCUCCAAGCCCCAAACCUCUCUCUCCUUUUCCAUUACUCCUUCCCCAACACAUGUAUUCUCCUCCUCCUCCUCCUCCUCCUCCUCCUCCUCCUCCUCCUCCUCCUCCUCCUCCUUCCAGCAACUUCCUGCGUCACAUCCCCUCCACACUUCACAACCUUACUUUCAGCCCCUGCCUUCCUUCUCCAAGCACCCAACCUCUCUCUCCUUUUCGAUUACUCCUUCCCCAACACAUGUAUUCUCCUCCUCCUCCUCCUCCUCCUCCCCCCGCGACCUUACAGCUUCACAUCCCCUCCACACUUCAUAACUUCACUUUCAGCCCCUGCCUUCCUUCUCCAAGCACCCAACCUCUCUCUCCUUUUCCAUUACUCCUUCCCCAACACUCCUCCUCCUCCUCCUCCUCCUCCUUCCGCCAUCUUCCAGCCUCCCAUCACCUUCACGUCUCACACUCUCACCUUCAGCUCCAUCCUUUCUUCUCCAAGCACGUCUCUCAUAUCCUGUGUUUCCCUCUCCGCCCCCCUCCCCUGCCUCUCCUCCCCCGGGGCGUGCGUGGCUUUGCGUCCUCACGAGCUCGGGGUUGAGGGGAAAGGUAAUUGGCCCUCAGGAGACACGGACGGGGACACAGAGAUGGAUUUACCCCCCCCCCCUCCCUGAUGCCCUCCUCCUCGUCCUCGUCCUCGCCCUCGUCCUCCUCCUCAUCUCCUAUUCCCGACCUCCAUCACCAACAUCAUCAUCUCCGUCAGUCUCUUCUCUUCUCGUUCUUCAUCGUCUCCUUUUUAUUUUUUAUUUUUGCGUGUCUGGUUUUCUCUCUCUUUUUCUUUUCUUUUUUCCUUCGCAAUCCUUCUUCUUUUUCUCUUUUGGUUUUCUCUGUUUUUUUCUUCUUUUCUUUUUCCUCCGCAAUCCUUCUUCUUUUUCUCUUUUGGUUUUCUCUGUCUUUUUCUUCUUUUCUUUUUUCCUUCGCAAUCCUUCUUCUUUUUCUCUUUUGGUUUUCUCUCUCUUUUUCUUCUUUUCUUUUUUCCUCUUAUUUAUCUCUUUUCUUUCCUCCUCUUUUCCUUCAUAUUCUCCAUUUUCUUUUUUUGUUGCCUCUGUUUUUUGCCUUUCUUUUUCUUCCUUCCUUUUUCCUUCGCAAUCCAUCUUCUUUUUCUCCUUUCUUUCCUCCUCUUUUCCUUCAUAUUCUCCAUUUUCUUUUUUUGUUGCCUCUGUUUUUUGCCUUUCUUUUUCUUCCUUUUUCCUUCGCAAUCCUUCUUCUUUUUCUCUUUCCUUUUCUCCUCUUUUCGUUCAUAUUCUCCAUUUUCUUUUCUCUGUUGCCUCUGUUUUUCUGUAUCUCUCUUUAUCUUUCUUUAUCUUUUCUUUCUCUCUCGGUCACUUUAUGUCACCCACAGUCGCAUUUUUCUUUUGUCAAUGUACUUUGGCAGCGUCGGUUUUGGUGUUGGUUUUAUCUUUUUAUUACUUUUAUUACUUUUUAUUACUUAUUUUACUCUCACUGUUAUCGAUUGCUUCUGUCUUCCUCCUCAUUACUGUCCGUCACUGCGUCUUCUUCCUUCAUCUCUUUGUCUCAUAUUUCUAGUUCAGCUUCAUUCUUUCACUUUUAACCCGUCCGCUGCGAUUGCCACGGAUUUCGCCUUCACUGGUAGCCUGGUAACAUAUAGUCCCAGGUCUUUCUCUGCCUCUGUGGUGGAUAGUGGCGUGUUUCCCAUGUGGUACUGGUAUGCUGGAUAUCCCUUCACUGGUAGCCUGGUAACAUAUAGUCCCAGGUCUUUCUCUGCCUCUGUGGUGGAUAGUGGCGUGUUUCCCAUGUGGUAUUGGUAUGCUGGAUAUCCCUUCACUGGUAGCCUGGUAACAUAUAGUCCCAGGUCUUUCUCUGCCUCUGUGGUGGAUAGUGGCGUGUUUCCCAUGUGGUAUUGGUAUGCUGGAUAUCCCUUCACUGGUAGCCUGGUAACAUAUAGUCCCAGGUCUUUCUCUGCCUCUGUGGUGGAUAGUGGCGUGUUUCCCAUGUGGUAUUGGUAUGCUGGAUAUCCCCCUCCAAGGUGCAUGACUUUACAUUUUUCUUCAUAUGAAUUGUAGCAGCCACAUUUUGUUCCAUUCUUGUAGCUUGGUGUACUCUUUUUGUAGGAAAUUCGCGGUCAAGGGGUUAAACAGAAUGGCGUUGUUUUUUCCACCAGUAUAAACAUCAUUUCCUUAUCUUUAUCCAUUCGAACACAAGACAAAAGGAUCGCCCGUUCCACUUGGCAGCGUUCCAGUAAUGUCACCCACAGUCGCCUCCCAUCAAACAACUUCCACAACUCUCACCCAUCACGCUCCCGAGGCCGCAGCUCCCCCGUCUACGACCCCCAGCGGCGCCCUUCCGAAGCGUGGUGAACUUGUGUGACUUAUUGGCCUUCCGAGGGAGUACUAAAUCAUAACGGUGGCGUAGCUUGGGGAGUGAUGGAGGCGGUGGGUGGGAGAGGAGGUGAAAGAGGGAUGGUUAGUAUAGGUUAUGUGUGUGUGAGACAACGAUAGACAGUGACAGAUAUAUUGACAGAUAGACAGAAAAGCAGACAGGCAGAUGGACGGAAAUAAAGAAAGAACGAAAAAUAGAAAACGAAAACAGAAAGAAAGUAGUUGAUAGAUAAGACAGAAAUUCAAACAAGCAGAUACAGAAAAAAGCAACGAACGAAAGAGGAAACGAAAAAAGAGAAAGUAAUAAUAAAAGAAAAAAAAGAGAUACAGAAAAGGGCGAGGCAGAGACAGACAGACAAAGACGAGUAGUAAAUGGGAAUAAGAA